CACGCCCCAGUCAUACUGUACUUUCCGUAAUUCAUUAUAUAUUAGCGGAUUUUAAUGAGCGUAUAUAUAAGUUAGCUUAAAAAUGGUUGUGCGUGGAUGGUUGAUAAACGGUGUGAUUAUAUAUAUAGCGAGUUUAGUAAGCAGCGAAGUACAAGAGCUUUAUCAUCAAGAGAAUGCAGCAGUUCCUCCCAGUAUAUGUUCAGGUGAUCUCAGCUUCACCAAAGGUUAUAGAUGCGUGGAUUAUAAUGUGAUAACAGAAGACGGGUAUAUAUUAAGAUUGUGGCGGUUCCAUGAAGGUCGAACCAAAGAGAGUCGCAAGGAACGAAAGCAGCCCGUCUUCAUGCAACACGGGGUAUUUACGGACGGACGAUGUUGGUUUGCGGUGAGCCAUGCAGAUCAAUCCUUGGCAAUACAACUGGUGGAGCAAGGCUAUGAUGUUUGGAUUCCCAAUACGAGGGGCACCACAUAUAGCCAACAACAUGUUUCGUCAAAUAUAACUUAUUCUUCCGAGGGUUAUUGGGAUUUCACCUACUCUGAAAUGGCAACUUAUGAUUUACGUGCUUUUCUAAAUUUUGUUUACCUUGAAACAGGUCAAAAGGUUCACUACAUUGGACAUUCACAGGGAACUACAAUGAUGUUUGCUGCCUUCUCAGAAUGGAAAGUAGAAGAGAGAGUGAAAUCUGCAGUAAUGCUAGCACCGGUUGUUUUCUUAAAUCACAUGCCAUUUGGACUAACUUAUGCAUUAGCCAAAAGCUACAUUGGUGAGAUUGCUGGAACGUUUGGGAUAUGGGACCUUAAUAUAAUGAUAGAACCGAUAGGUACCAUUAUUCGAGCUAUUUGUAAUGUAUUAGGGGUGGAUUGUUUCAAUCAGGUGUUUUCACUCCUUUCAGGCAAAAACUGUUGCAUGAAUUCUUCGACUAUUCAACUUUGGUUAAGUUUCCAAUUGCAACCUACAUCGAUCAAAAACUUGGAGCAUUGGGCUCAAGGUGUUCGAAAACCAAUAUUUGCACAAUAUGACUACGGGAAUCCAGCUACAAAUAUGGAACAUUAUGGAGUGCCGGAACCUCCUCCUUAUGAUCUCCGAAAAAUUCCGAAGGAUUUUCCACUCUUCCUCAUAUAUGGUGGCCAAGAUUUGCUUUCUAUCAGAGAGGAUGUUCAUAUUUUACUUAAUAAAUUAAGAUCGCAUCGUAUUGUUCGAGAGCUUUAUAUUGAUAAUUAUGCUCAUUUUGAUUUCCUUCAAGGAAUCACGGCAAAAGAUGUUGUUUUUCCGGAUAUUGUAGGCUUUAUGCAAGGAAUAGAUUAAGAUUAUGUUUGUAAUAUAAAAUUCAAUUCAAUUCACAUUAUGAUUAUUGAAUAAUAAGAUGUAUUGUGUAUAUGUAGUCAUUU